AAGAGGGCGUCUUACGAUUCGAGGGGCAGAUGUAAAGGAGAUGCAGAGAUAGCUGACCUUCACAACAAGGGCAAUCGCUCUUUGCUAGCUUUUUUAAGUACAGAAAGGUGAAAGAUGAAGUCGGUUACGGUAGCUACUACUCCCUACGACGAUCAGAAGCCGGGAACGAGCGGUUUAAGGAAAAAAGUCAAUGUAUUUAAAAAACAGAACUACACGGAGAAUUUCGUGCAGGCUACACUUUCUGCUAUGGGAGAUAAAUUAACUGGAUGUACUCUAGUUGUUGGAGGAGACGGUAGAUACUAUGUAAAAGAAGCUGUAGAUUUGAUUGUCAAGAUUUCUGCCGCCAAUAGGGUUAAAAGGCUUAUAAUAGGUCAAAAUGGCAUUCUUUCUACUCCAGCAACAUCUUGUAUAAUUAGAAAGAGAAAUGCUGAUGGUGGAAUAAUCCUUACUGCAAGCCAUAAUCCGGGAGGUCCUGAUGCUGACUUUGGAAUUAAAUUUAACAUUGACAAUGGAGGACCUGCACCUACUGGUGUAACUUCUAAAAUAUUUGAAAUAAGCAAAGAAAUCAAGGAAUAUAAAAUUUGCCCAGAAUUAAAAGUUGAUAUAACUAAACUAAGUGAAGAAAACUUUGAAGUGGAUGGCUCUACUUUUACAGUUGAGGUUGUAGACUCUGUUCAGGAUUAUCUUAAUUUAAUGAAAGAAAUUUUUGAUUUUCCAAAAAUUAAAGAAUAUUUAGCUUCAGGCUGUGGUGGGAAACCAUUUCCUAUACUCAUAAAUUCAUUAAAUGGAGUAAUGGGACCUUAUGCAAAAAGAGUGUUUUGUGAUGAAUUGGGUGCUCCCGAGAGCAGUGUUGUUAAUUGUAUUCCAUUAGAAGAUUUUGGAGGGCGACAUCCUGAUCCUAAUUUAACUUAUGCAAAAGAUUUGGUAGAUGCCAUGGCAACUGGUGAUUAUUGUUUUGGUGCAGCAUUUGAUGGUGAUGGAGAUCGCAACAUGAUUUUAGGUCACAAGGCAUUUUUUGUAACUCCAUCAGAUUCUCUAGCAGUACUUUCUGCUAAUUUGGAUUGCAUUCCAUAUUUUCAAAAGUCAGGUGUGAAAGGAUAUGCUCGUAGUAUGCCAACAGCUGGAGCAGUUGACAAAGUUGCUGCAAAAACAGGAAAAGAAUGCUUUGAAACACCCACAGGAUGGAAAUUUUUUGGUAAUUUACUUGAUGCAGGAAAAAUUUCAAUUUGUGGAGAAGAAAGUUUUGGGACUGGUUCUGAUCACAUCAGAGAAAAAGAUGGUUGUUGGGCUGCUCUUGCUUGGUUAUCAGUUCUAGCAGAUCGAAAACAAAGUGUGGAACAAAUGUGUAGUGAUCAUUGGUCAAAAUAUGGAAGAACGUUUUUUACAAGAUAUGACUAUGAAGAUUGUGAAACAGAACCAAGCAACAAAAUGAUCAGUAUGCUUCAAGAAUAUGUGAAAGAUGGAAGCUUGAAUGGGAAAACUUUUACUGAAGAGGGAAAAUCUUACACUGUUCAAAAAGUAGACGAUUUUGAGUAUAAAGAUCCAAUAGAUGGGUCAGUGACUAAAAACCAGGGUAUAAGAAUUAUAUUCACAGAUGGAUCUAGAAUUGUAUUUCGUCUCAGUGGUACAGGUAGCAGUGGUGCUACUAUUCGUAUGUACGUAGAUUCACAUGAAUCUGAUUUAACUAAACACAAGUUAAGUGCUCAGGAAUUACUGAAACCACUUAUAAAAAUAGCUCUUAGCAUAUCAAAAUUACAAGAAUUAACAGGAAGAACAGGCCCUACAGUUAUUACAUAAUAAAUACUUCUGUAGACAAUUAAAAAUGCGAUAAAAAAUUUUAUUGGUUUGUGCCAUAAAAUCCCCCCUAAAAAGUUGAUUUUAGAAGGCAUGUUUAAAUGUUAAAUUUAUAAUAAUUUAUAUAAAAAAAUUUUAUAUAAUAUAAUAAUAAAAAAAUAAAAAAAAAUAGAAGUAUGUUAAAAAAAUUGUAAUAUACUGAUUGUUAAAAUGAAACCAUAAAAUCUAUAAAUUGUUAUAGUCAAGAUUUAAAUAAUUAUGUAAGAUAAAAAUUUUUUCAAUAUGUAUAUAUAUUUUACUUUGCAAGUGUUAAGCAUAGUAGUAUUAAAACCUUGUAAAUAAUGACCAUUAAAAUUUAAUGGUCUAAAUUUAAAACUGCCAUUACAAUUACACCUAUCUAAAAGAUAUACAACCAGCAGCUACUGCCCAGUGAAUGUUUUAUUGCAAAAUCAAAAAAAUAUAAAUCCUUUAACCUAAUAGACUUUAAUUUAAAAAUUGUAAAUUCAUGAUUUUUUCCCCCCUCUUUUGUUUAAUUAUAGUAAGAUGUACUGUAAACAAUGGGCAAGUGUGAAUUUUGAAAUUCUUAUUGCUGUAACACAAAUGCUUGUUAUUAAAACCAUUUUGAAUUAGUC